AUUUGGCAGCAGCAGCAGCAGCAUCCAGGCAAAUAAUCGAAGUGAGUUAAACUGUUCAAACAAAAUUAGCGAGAACUUGAAUAUAUUAAUAAAUAUCUAUAUGUGAAUUAUACAUAUUGGUUAAUACAAAAAAAUUCAAAGCAAAAGAGCCAAGGGUGUGCGUUGUACAUAGUAAGCUUUCUAUUUACUAGAGCACGGUGAGGACAAGGGAUAAUAUAAGGCUCAGCCAUGUCAUGGGAGAGCAUCGCAUCAAAAGAUCUGCUUAGCAUACCACAAAGUCACAAUUUGUCAGCAACACAUUUACUCGCAUCACCGGAUGGGUCAAGAUAUUUACUAGAUAAUUCCAAUGAUCUGUGCCAAUUCGAUGAAAACUAUUCGAGAAUUGCCGGCUAUGGCUCUAGCCCAGAUGCUGAUUUGGGAGCCCGUUCAUUGUGGGUGCGACACGGCUUCCCUCGUCCCGGGCAGGUCAAUAAUAUAAUCAGUUGCUUUUGGGCAUGCCAAAAAAGUCUACGGCAGUACAUAGCGAGACGAAAGAUUGAACGCGGUCUACGUUUAUAUGAGCAGCAUAAUCAAACGGCAGCCGUUCGCACCUGGCGUAGCGCUUUGAAGGGUACCUGUCGGCGGGAGGAUUGCUUUCAAUUGUUGGGCUAUUUGUAUCAGGCGCACAUGGACUGGGGCAAGUAUCGAGAUGCGAUUGACUUUGGGCAUCAACAGCUGGGCAUAUCCGAAGAGCUCGACUCGCCAAACAUGCGAGCCGAAACAUACUUAAAUCUGAGUCGAGCGCACGCCAGCCUAGGUGGACUGGAGCGUGCUUUGGCCUAUGCGCGACAUUCGUUGUACAAUGAAUCUGGCACGAAGUGCCGCAGCGGGCUGGUACAUUUGACUGUAGCGAGAGUCUAUCUGGAAAUGGGGGGGUUCUCCCGGGCCUUGGAGGGCUUGCAGGGGGCACAUAAGAUCGCGACGGCUAUCGGCGACCCAUCGCUGGAACUCCAAGUGUACGUGGCGCUCUCCGAACUAUUCAGUCGGCUUCAGGAUAACGACAAGAGUGCUACCUAUGCAUCUAAGGCAUACGACCUGUCCAGAUCCCUGCAACUUGGCGAUCUCAAUUCUUGCCAUCAUCGGGCCGCUUUGCUGCGUAUGGCCGCCUCGCUUCGUAAGCAGGGUGAUCUGGGCGAUGCCCACGAUUAUUGCAUGGAAGCAACUAGGUUGUCAUUAAUAUCCGGUGAUCAGGCCACAUAUACACGCAGCAUAAGAGUCAUGGGCGACAUUUAUCGCAAGAAGAUGGAUAUAGAUAGGGCAUUCCGACAGUACGAGCAGGCGAUGGGCACAUCGGCCAGCUUAGGCGAUCGCAUGGGCCAGAUGGAGGCGAUGGAUGGAGCUGCUCGAUGCCUGGAAACUCUACGUCUGCAAAGUAAAAUCUGCAAUUGCAGGCCUUUAGAGUUCAACACGCGGCUGCUGGAGGUGGCCAGCUCCAUUGGGGCAAAGCUGCUAGUACGAAAAAUCCGAAGUCGGUUGGCACUUAUAUAUCGAGCCCUGGGCGACGAGGACCAGUGCAAUACUCAUCUACGAUUAGCCAACCAAACAGAUGCGGCGCUGGGUCUAAAUUGCGGUGCCUGUGGGGAAGUAUUUGGCAUGCAACCUGCUAGCCUAGAAGCGUUACCGUGUGCGCACAUACUUCAUGCCAGAUGUGCUCAUGAAAUUUUUCGACGACGUGACAAAAAUCUGUCGAGCCGAUCAUGUCCUGCUUGCAACAAGUUACUAAGCUCCCGCUUACAGCUCUAUGGGCAUAAUGAUAGUACGGCUGAAAGCGAGAAUUGCGACGAAGAUAGCGCGAGAACUGUGACGCUUAAUGCCAAUGCCCUGAAUCUCGAUGGAUUUCUGAACACGCUGAACUCUGAAACGCUGUUGCCAACGCUGAAAACGCUGCCAGUUCGAUCGAUCAAUAAUGAUACAGCUGUGUUUUGCAACGGUCUAGAGAAACGCUCCAUUCCGAGCAUAGAGAACACGGCAUUGCUUCUAACGGCAAACGCCUCGCCAAACGCCAUCUACCGGAGCAAUUUGUCAUUGGCUUCCCUCAGCAUGCGCGCUUCAAGUCUCACGAUCGACAGUGGCCGAAAUGCGACAUCUUCUGUCUAAAUUCAGUCAGGUUGUAUACGAGCAAAGACAUGCAUACGAAGUGUGAUCGAAGCGUAGGCUGACUUCUCACGACUUCUUUACGAUCAGUUAUUUAUCAAUCCAAGUUUCUCAAAAAACUUACCAUUUAUGUAUCUAUUCAGAUCAAGUAAAUGAACUAUUUUCGAAUCUCAUUUUAUAGGUUCCAAAUCAAUAAUUGGGCAUUAGAAUAUAUAUUUUUGAUCAGAACGCCGAGCUUAGAGCUCAGUCCACAGAUCCGUUCGUCCGUCUGCCCUUUCGUAAGAAUGCACAAGCUAGAGACUUCAAAUUUGGAAUAUAUAAUCUUAUAUAUAAUUACAAUUCUUUUUCGAUCGAAUGGAAUGGGUUGUCGAAAACUUAAUUAUAAAUACCAAUGCCAAAUACAAAAAUGAAUUUUUUUGGAUUUCAAGUCUCAACAACUAAAGUUCAAUCAAGAUAUAUUCCACAAUAUGGAGCUGUUAAAAGGACUUAUGUACUUAUGGGACUGGGUAUUCGUUCGUCAGUUAUUUUCGACUUGCGGUUAAAUCAAAGAUAAAGGUAUAUGGUGCACCUUGACCUUGACGGCUAAUGGUUAUAAAUAUGUAAGCGAAACAUCCAUAGCAAGAG